AUGAGCAACGGCUUUGGAUCGCAAGGGGGAACAGACCGUCGCUCUCGCGUUCGCAUCGAGUUGGUCGGGGAAAAGGAUCGAAGUUCGAUGGGUGACUGGAAGAAUCAUCUACACAGCUUGCGUCUAUACAUCAGCACGCUCGACGCCGCCAACGCAGCGCAUUCAAUCUCUCGACUUUACGUUAAGGGAAGGAUCAUGGGUCACAAGCGCUCGCAGCGCGUGGCCAAGUGCCACACCUCCCUCAUCAAGAUCGAGGGUGUUGAGAAGACCGAGGAGGCCAAGUUCUACUUUGGCAAGCGCGUCGCCUACGUCUACAAGGCCACCAAGGAGGUGCGUGGCAGCAAGAUCCGCGUCAUCUGGGGCCGCAUCACCCGCUCUCACGGCAACUCGGGUGUCGUGCGUGCCAAGUUCGCGCACAACAUCCCUCCCCAGGCCUUCGCUGCCCGCGUUCGCAUCAUGCUCUACCCCUCGAGCAUCUAA